AAAAAAUGGAAGCAUGUACUCUAGAACCAACGUUUGCAGAAGUAGAAUGGAUAGACACUGACGAAUCCGAAGAUGAGGAUUACUUACCCCCUGCAGACAAAGAAGCUUCCUAUUCUUCAAGUUUAGGAAGCACAAGCACAACUGAUUUCUUUGACCACCUAAAAGAUGAAGUCGAAAUUAAUCCAUUCGAGAAAGUACGUCGAAUUAUUGAUUAUGUAGUAGACAAUGGUAUAGAAAAAGUGGAUUUAGGACAUAUUGGUCUAUCAGAGAUACCGAGAGAAGUAGGAGAGCUGGAAUAUGUGACAGUAUUAUGCAACGAUACGGUGAAGACAGCUUCAUUACAGCUUUAUUUAUACAGAAACCAACUUUCUUGCUUGAACUCACAUCUAUUUCGUCUCAAGAACUUGACUGUUCUCAGUUUACGAAAUAAUCAGUUACAGUCUAUUCCACCUGAUAUUGCCCUACUCGAGAACUUGGUCGAACUCUCUUUGGGUAACAAUCAAUUGAAAUCAUUACCUGCUGAACUAUUACGUCUGCGCAAACUACGAACAUUGUCUUUAUUUCCAAAUCCAUACUUUGAGGACGAUAACCAAUCAAGACAACGUAUAAUGACCAAGAUACCUUCUCUAGUUGAAAUAUCAAGUAGACAAAUCCAGAGUCAAUCAAUUCAACUAUCAAAUAGUAUUAUACCAACAGCGCUCAUCCAACGCUUUCAAACCUUCUCAAAAGUUCAUACCUGUGAACAAUGUACAGUACCUUUUCAUGAACCAAGUGUACUCGAUAUGAUAUGGGUCUCCGUAUUAGGAAACCACAAUGUCCCCUUCAUUCAUCGUUUCUGUUCUAUUUCUUGUUCUCUUAAUUUUACAUGUGUCUUUUAAUACCCCCUCCCCUCUUACUCUCAACUGUAUAUGUUCCUUUUACUUGCAUUGUGAAUAAACAUUUACUAAUCAGCCAAUCAUUGGACGGAUGGAUGAAUCUCUUUUUGUCCUUUUUCUCUUCUCUUGUCGAACUGCGAUUUGUCCGGCUAUUUCAAUAUCAGAUGAACCGCAGCAACCAAUCAAAAUUUAUAAAUAACGAAUGAUGACUUUGUUUUCAAUAUAAUUUGACUUCCUAC